AGGGCCAUGGCUGAAGAAACAGACGAAAAGAAAAAAGUUAGCCGCGGCAACUCACUCUGUAUCGUCUUCACUAUAAUUUCCCUCGAAUUUUCCGCUACAUGGAAGGGGCAGGGAACUGGCUUCAGAAGCACUCAGUACUUGCAGGAAGAUCUCCAUUUUCUUGGGGGGUCCCUUUCAAGAAGAAAAAAAACAAAAGUUUGUCAUCUUCUCCUUCUCCACCAGAAGUCUGAAAAGGUAUAAAUCUGACCAAGCACUGGCUAAAACUUCGCCACAACGCCCAAAUCCACACCAGCCACAGAUAUUACAGUAUAAUCUUUUCCCUUCUCGAUGAUUUCCUCGUCCAAUGGCAUUUCGCCGUCCCUUAAAGUUAAGACAGAGCUCUAUAACCCUACUGCUAACUGGGUUUUUGUUCCUUUGAGGAGAGCAUUUCAGUAUAGAAGCAAAUGUGUAAUGAAUAGGAGAAGUUUUGCUUUUAGGGGAAUUGUGGCUUCUGGAGUUUCGGUUAUGGGCUCCUCUGCGGUUAUACAGCCUGCUCAAGGGAUGGAAAGAUUACCAUUCAAACCAGAAGGUUAUAACUUCUGGACAUGGCGGGGUCACAAGAUACAUUAUGUUGUACAAGGAGAAGGUCCUCCGAUAGUUCUUAUACAUGGUUUUGGUGCUUCUGUAUUUCAUUGGAGGUAUAACAUACCAGAGCUGGCUAAGAAGUACAAGGUCUAUGCCUUAGACUUGCUGGGAUUUGGGUGGAGUGAUAAAGCACUUAUUGAGUACGAUGCCAUGGUCUGGAGGGAUCAAGUUGUCGAUUUUACGAAGGAAGUAGUGAAACAGCCUGCAGUUUUAGUUGGGAACAGCCUUGGAGGGUUUACUGCCUUGGUUUCUGCAGCAGGGUUGCCGGAGCAGGUUCGUGGAGUUGUAUUACUAAACUCCGCUGGGCAGUUUGGAGAUGUAAAUAAGUUGACAGAAGAGCCAGAAGAAACCAGCUUCCAGAAGUUCAUUUCGAAGCCGCUGAAGGAUUUUUUUCAGCGAAUCUUUCUUGGAGUUCUUUUCUGGCAAACCAAGCAACCAGCUAGAAUUGUUUCUGUUUUGAAGAGUGUAUACAUAAAUUCUGAAAAUGUGGAUGAUUAUCUGGUAGAGUCUAUAUCGAUUCCAGCAGCUGAUCCAAAUGCUAGAGAAGUUUACUACAGAUUGAUGACAAGAUUCAUGUUCAAUCAAAGCAAAUAUACUCUAAACAGUGUAUUGAGUGAGCUGCGGUGUCCACUGUUGUUGUUGUGGGGUGAUUUGGAUCCAUGGGUUGGUCCUGCUAAGGCCAACAGAAUCAAAGAAUUUUAUCCCAACACAACUCUUGUAAAUUUGAAAGCAGGGCAUUGCCCACAUGAUGAAGUUCCUGAGCUUGUCAAUUCUGCUUUGAUGGAUUGGCUAGCAACUCUACAACAACUUCAGCCAACACUCUGAAGAUCUUUCACAAAUUUUACUGCAUCACUUGUAUUCAUUCACACUAUAAAUCUCAUAUUUUCUUUAUACUUUUCAAAUGAUCAUGUCUGAAACUUAGAAUCUUCAUGGAUUUUAGAAUAGUACCAAAGACGUCUGUUUGUUGAGAAUUUGAAGUUUGUACAAUCUUAUUUUCUCUUUUCUCUUCUGACAUGGAAACAAAACACUAGAAUACAACAAGAUGAAGAAAAUAAAGACACUAAAUCUCUCUUUUUUUUA